AAUAUACAUACAUCUAUCAUAGCCCAUUGUAUGAUGUAAGUAAGUACUAUUUGGAUUGACUGUAUAUAUGUUCUUCUAGAAAAUGGAUCUGUUUCACGUAUUUUUAACAAAGGACUUUUUUAUAUUUCAGACCUGAGGGAAGAUUUGAUAGGUCUCUACAGAGAAGAGUACCAUACCCUACCACUGUCACCUUUAUUGGAGGAAAAUGACACGCCUCUCCUUGAGUUCUACGUCAUACCAGACAUAGAGUCAGUGGAAAUUCAGAGGGCGCGUGGAGGUGGCAAAGAAAUUAGAUCAAAGGUUACGUCAUUGCAUGAUGUUUUCUACAAGGAAAAAGAACCAUGUCGUAAAAUUUACCUUACUGCGGAUGCUGGAUUUGGGAAAACAGCAUUAAGUAAACGGCUCGUUUUAACGUGGUGUCAAGCAAAAAACUGUAUCCCAAACGAAGAUGAACAUUUUAAGAAGGAAGACAUUAGUACAAUGUCGAAUUUUGACUUUGUGUUUUUGUUGUCUUUACGUGAUUGUUCCGAAGAAUGGGACAUUGAUGAGAUGAUCAAAAAACAAAUAAUUAAUGAUCUAGCACACACUAUUUCAACUAGUGAUUUUGAAAACAUUCUUUCUAAAGAAAGAUGCCUGAUAAUAUUGGAUGGAUUGGACGAAUUCACACACGCAAAAAGAGACAUUCCACACAGGAAAGCUAGGAGGACAUGUACAAUUCUCACAACAACUAGACCGUGGAAAUUGGGCGUUAGUAAGAUACGUGCAAGUGAAAUAGAACGAAAGUUAGAACUUGUCGGACUUAGUAAAUCGUCUGCUAGAAGAUUAAAAAGGAGUGUGAUAUCAUUACUGUGGGGUGAAACUGACAUAGAAACACAUAUUCAAGAGUUUGAUCGCGCUGUCAGUGAAAGAGGUAUUUUGGAUUUGGAAACUAUUCCGCUCUUACUGGUGUAUCUUUUGUGUUUAUGGUGUGAUGAAACAGAUCUAGGAAAAUCUAGAACUGAGUUAUAUUGUCAAAUAGUUAAUCUUCUUCUGAAACGAACGUUUGGAAAAUAUCCCGACAUGAAACAGUCAUGCGAACAACCCAAGAGUGAUAUCCCACAGUGUAUCAGUAGAAAUGAACAUUGUAGGAAACACUACAAUCUUCUGAAUGCUUUAGGAAGAUUAGCAUUUGAAACAUUAUUCGAUGAAACGAAGGAUCAGAAUCUUGUAUUUGACAUGGCAGUGGCAGAAAAAUGUCUGAGUGAUAAAGAUUUGCUUCAGUUAAGUCGCCAUUCAGGGAUAAUUACACAUGAUAAAGACCAGACGAAAAUAAAUAAGCAAAUGCAAAAAACAUCCUUUUCACACGCAACAGUGCAAGAAUUUUUUGCAGCAUUAUAUAUCAGUGUUAGCUGGGAUCAAGAAGAAGUACGAACUAAAGUUCUAUCGUUCUGUCAUUGUGUUGCACGAAUUCUAGCUAUGUCGAAAGUGUUCGUUUUCAUCAGCGGAAUAAACGCAACAAUAUUUUCCUCAAUGUCAAAGGAUUUAAUGAAAAUCAUUAGCGAAGAUAAGAUAACGAGCGAAUACAGAUCCACGACUGACCGGUACUGUGAACCUCUGAAAGACAUACAAGACAUGUACAUUUCUUGUAUGAAAGAAAACACGAGCGAUAAGGAACUCAAACUUUUCUGUCAAGAUUUUUUCUUUAGUUAUGAUUGUAAAGAAGAAAAAUACUUUACAUAUUUAGCACGGCUCGCGGUACACAAUAAAAACAACAUGGCGUCAAUAAAUAUCAACACAGUAGACAGUGGUCGUAGUUUACGUGAAAUUAUUGAUUGUUGUGAAUUGCACGAACUGUUCCAGAUCAAUAAAAUAUACUACCAGGGUAAAGUAGAAAACGCACAGCUUCUUGUACUGUUGGACAAGUCGCCGAAAUGUGUCACUGUUAAAUCGCAUGAUCUACCUGGUUCUUGGAGCCGUGAAAUGUUGGAAACAUUACAGAAUAAUUCUCUGUUACAAGCAAUUUAUAUCCGCGGUUUCGAGAUGAGCCACGAUGUACUGAAUGAUACUGAAUUAUAUUAUAAACAGAAAAACAAUGACGGAGAUUAGAUUGUGGUGGUUACUCUGUACCGAGCACAAGCUUUCGUGUACUUUCAGUUUAGAUUUUAGUCAGCAUUCAGAUCUAAGGAAGUUAGUAUUGAGCUAUAUACCUGAAGUGUCACAAUUGAAAGUUAAUAGUCAAGUGAAACACGUGGAGUUGCGGUUAAUCAAUCUAGGUGAAAUGUCGCUGCCUCCUGAAAUGGCGAAUAUUGAAAGUGUUUAUUUGGACAAUGUAAACAUGUCUGCUUCAACAUUGCGUGAUCUCGUUAAGGUAGUGGAGAAACUUUCACACAAAGUCACAGUAACAAUACAGAUGUGUAAGAUAGAACCGGAAACAGAGUUUGAACACGUUAAACAAUUUAUACACUCAUCUCAGAAUUUCCCAGUUACGAAGGAUGAACGUCGGGUGUUUGUGUUUGAAACAAAAGUUGAAAGUUAAGUUACUAAAUAAACUCGGACUUAUAGUGUCAAUGUAUAUAAACAUUAUUCAUAAAACACAUAUUACACCUUUACACACAGACAUAUAACAUUUUUGUGGCAUACAUAUGUGUAGAUAAUUAAAAAUAGUGACAGUCGCGUGUGGAAAAUUAAUUGUUGGAGCCAAUUCGGAGGAAAGGAUGGACUUUCUUAUACAUGGAUUAAUAUACAAGUCCAGUUUUCCUCUAUACUUCCGUUAAAUGAUCGACGCCAACACCUCAAAACCAUAGACGUCCUUCCUGUAUUGAGGCUACGUAUACAUCGCCAUAUUAUACGUGAAUUUACAAAUUGCCGCAAUGCUUCUAGAACUUCCGGUGGUUUGCCUACACACACCAUAACAUACUUGGCAUGACCUCUUGUUUCCGGCCAUUGGACAACAAAAUCUUGCAGGAGUAUAACCGUAUUAUACCGAGAGGUCUGUGAGAAAAACUGCUUUCAAUUAUUACUUUCCAUUACCAGAGACAAAUCAUAUUGUUUUACUUAAAUUAGUUGGUAAAGAACUGUCUUAUUUUUACUUGUCGCAAAUCGCUUUUGGAUUACAGUUUUGUACAAAUGUAUGUACGUUAGUUAGUAUUAUCAUUAUGUGAAAGAGUUUCAAAUAGUCACGCGCGCUGUCAGAAGUCAACAUUUUUUUAAAAAAAAAAAAGCUUGAUAAUUGCUAACAAUGUUUAAUUGUUAUUUUAGGACAUUUAGUUUUAAAAUGUCUGGAAAUGGCCGUUUUAUGGAAUACACAAUGUACAAUGAAAUUUGCUAUGUUUGACAUACCACGGCGAGGAAAAUAGAUUUUGUUUGAAUUGUUUAAAUAUUAAAUGUAUUUUGUUCUAAGAAACAAAUAUAUUGUGAGGCAUGUUUUUUUUUAUGUCGUUUCCAAAAUCAGUAUUUGUUUGCAUAGUCCGUAGCCAUAUACAGAAACAUCUAAUAUUUUCAAGUUGGAGUCCUCUAAAAAGGGAUAUUAUAUGUACUCUCUGUAGAAAAUUAAUUGUUUCUGGCAGACGACAUUCGUAAUUUCACAAGUAAGAACACAUGACCGUUAUAAUAUCAAUUAUGUAUAAACGAAGACUUUGUAGAGUACGUAGCGGACUUUUCAUAAUUUUGAUAAAAAAGUUAAAACUAGGAUUUAUUUUUAUGCCCCCGGCAUCUACUGAUGCGGGAGGCAUAUAGUGAUCGUCCUGUCCGUUUGUCCGUCCGUACGAGGUUAUCCAAAUGGAACCGUUUCGUCUAGCAUCAAUACCCCUUACUAGAAUGACUUGAUACUAACGCAGAUGUAAUCUGUGGACACUCCUCAUCUUCAGACAUCACCUGACCUCAGUUUGACCUUGACCUUGGCCUCAUUUUGGACUUAGGUUGCUUUAUAUGGGCCAUCUCUUGGUUAACCAAAUGGGACUGUUUCGUCUAGCAUCAAUGCCGCUUACAAGAAUGAAUUGAUACUAAUACAGAUGUAACCUGUGACCAUUACUCAUCUUCAAACAUCACCUGACCUCAGUUUGACCUUGACCUCAUUUUGGACUUAGAUUGCUUUAUAUGGGCCAUCUCUUGGUUAACCAAAUGGGACCGUUUCAUCUAGCAUUUUUAAUACCGCUUUCAACAAUGAAUUAAUACUAGUACAGAUUAAACCUGUGACCAUUCCUCAUCUUCAAACAUUACCUGACCUCAGUGUGACCUUGACCUCGUUUUGGACUUAGAUUGCUUUAUAUGGGCCAUCUCUUGGUUAACCAAAUGGGACCGUUUCAUCUAGCAUUAUUAAUACCGCUUACAACAAUGAAUUAAUACUAGUACAGCUUAAACCUGUGACAAUUCCUCAUCUUCAAACAUUACCUGACCUCAGUGUGACAUUGACCUCGUUUUGGACUUAGGUUGGUUUGUAUCGACAAAGAUGCCACCGGGGACAUCAAGCGUUUAUUGAACGCAGAUUCUUGUUGUUUCAUAUGAUUGUGAAAAAAGUCUUUGAUUAAACAACAGCUGAAAACUCUCCUACGUGGAGAAUACUUGUAUGGUUAAAUUGUUGGAGUUACUUACUGAAUGGAGUGUUAAUUUUAUAUAUCUGAUUAAAAUUGUUUAAAGUUUCACUUAGUACAUGUAUUUCUACAUUUAAAUGAAUAGAUGUUACAAAAAAUAAUAUUUUCACCAACAAAAAUUGGAUUUACUAGAAAGGGGGACUACGGACUAUAUGAUAAACAGGACUUGGGUAUUAUCAGCUUACAUAUAUUAUUGUAAUAUUGUAUAUAGGUCUAUUUUUAAGGAAGAUAUGUGUUUGCUAUCUGAAUUAUAGCAGUUGCCUUGUGUAUAUACAGUUGAUAGACUAUGGUAGAUAUAUUGUCUGAAGUUUUAGCUAUUUUGUAUUAUAUAUGAACUUUUUUGAGUUUUACUUGUUAUGUGUAUUUAUGAGCAAUCCGCGCAGUCUGGUCAGGAUCUAUGCGGUUCGCUAACGGUUUCUUUAUAGCUAUAUGCUUUGAAGCAGCCCACUGUGUUGGUUUUCUCAUGGCACGGCUCAGUAUAUAAGUUGUUUUAAGUUUUACUAUUUUUAUUUUUUAUUUAUAAAAAGAAUACAUAUUAAUAGUAUGUAACUGUGGUUUUGAUCUAAACAUUGGUAUUAUUGUUUGCACAUCUGAGAGCAUAAAAUGCUUAAAGUGAGCUAUUGCGAUCGUCCAAUUUCCGUUCUCGUCUGGUGUCAACAACUUAAGGAACUCUUUUUAAUGAAACGUCAAAAUGUUGACCUUGAUGAAAUCUCAGACAAGAGUUCCACUAUUUCAAAUAAACCAUAAAAAUAUGUAGAAUUAACUGAAAAUAUAAUUAAAUUUCCAGAUGCUCCAUUUUCUAUUUUUUAUUUAUUUACGUUUCCAGAAUGUUUACAUCUACAGUAUUUAGGUCUUUAAAACCUGAUCAUUUCAGUUCAAACACUUUGUCACUAGGUAAAAUCAUAGAUGUACCAAAUUAAUACGUUUUCUACCGGAUUUAAUAGCACUUUGCGAGAAAAUUUGUUCUAUGUAAUGUAGGUUAUCUUCAAAUUGGGUUACCUAACGUCUUAAAGUUCCAUAAGGUUUUUAGCUCACCUGAACAAUGCUCAGGUGAGCUUUUGUGAUCGCUUGAUAUCCGGCGUCUGUCUGUCUGUCUGUCUGUCGUCUGCCUGUCUGUCAACACUUAGCUUGUGUAUGCGAUAGAGGCUGUAUUUUUCAGUUGAUCUUCAUGAAAUUUAGUCAGAAUAAUUGCCUUGAUAAAAUCUAGGUCGAGCUCGAAUAUGGGUCAUCUGGGGUCACUAGGUUAAUUCAAACAAAAACCUUGUGUAUGCGAUAGAGGCUGUAUUUUUAAACUGAUCUACAUGAAAUUUAGUCGGAAUGAUUGCCUUAAUGAAAUCAGAUUCGAGUUUAAAAAUGUGUCUUUUGUGGUCAAUAAGUAGGUCACUAGGUCAAAUUAAAGAAAAAAACUUUGUGAAUGCGAUAGAAGCUGGGUCAUCUGGGAUUAAAAAGUAGAUCCCUAGGUCAAAUCAAAGAAAACCCUUGUAUAUGCAAUAGAGGCUAUAUUUUUCAACUGAACUUCAUGAAAUUUGGUCAAGGUUGAAUAUGGGUCAUGUGAGGUCAAAAUGUAGGUCACUAGGUCGUAUCAAUGUAAAUAAUUUUUUUAACUCAAGAGACCACAUAUUUAGCCCACCAUCAUCAGAUGGUGGGCUAUUCAAAUCACUCUUCGUCCGUGGUCCAUCAUCCUUCCGUUCGUUCAUUCCGUCCGUCCGUCCGUCCUUCCGUUAACAAUUUCUCGUUAUCGCAUCUUCUCAGAAACUACCAGGGGGAUUUUGACCAAACUUUGUCAGAAUGAUGUAUUGGUAUCCUAGUUGUGUCCCUCUGAAAAUUAGACUGGUUCAACAAUUUUGAAGGAGUUAUGGCCCUUUGUUUAUUUCUAUAAUUUACAUAGAUUUAUAUAGGGAAAAACUUUGAAAAUCUCAUUGUCCAAAGCCACAGAGCCUAGGGCUCUGAUAUUUGGUAUGAAGCAUCAUCUAGUGGUCCUCUACCAAGAUGACUCAAAUUAUUUCUCUGGGGUCUAAUAUGGCCCCGCCCCGGGGGUCACAUGGUUUACAUAUGAAGAUUGAAUACUGCUUUAGCCGGUGCUAGGGGGCGUGGGCAGUGUUGCAUUUUCCAUUACUGCUCAUGAACAGACUCAAUCAAACCGAGUCUGCAAUUUUCACUGUUUGCAUUGUUCUCUGUGCUUCCGAGGGAUCUAUUUUUCAGAUUAUAUUUACAUAGACUUAUAUAAGGAAAAACUUUGAAAAUCUUCUUGUCCAGACCACAAAGCCUUGGGCUUUGGCAUUUGUAAUGUAGUAUCAUCUAGUGGUUCUCUACCAAGUUUAUUCAUAUUAUCCUCCUAGGGUCAAAUAUGGCCCCGCCCUGGGGGUCACAUGGUUCAUAUAGACUUGUAUAGGGAAAAGAUUUUAAAAUCAUUUUGUCAGUAACCUACAACAUUCAGAUUUGGGCCACAUGUAUGGUUUUGAGUGACAAGAUGAACCUUGACAUGAGUUUACCUUGAUUUUGACCUAGUUAUCUACUUUCACAUUUCUGUAGCUACAGCCUUCAAAUUUGAACCACAUGCAUAGUUUUGUGCACUGAAAACAACUUUGACCUUGACAUUGACCAAGUGACCUACUUUCACAUUUUUUGAAGGUACAGGCUUCAAAUUUGGACCACAUUCAUAGUUUUAUGUACUGAAACAAUCCUUGACCUUUAAAUUGACCUAGUGACCUAGUUUCACAUUUUUGAAGGUACAGGCUUCAAAUUUGGACCACAUGCAUAGUUCUGUGUUCCGAAAUAAAAUUUGACCUUUAUUUUGACUUAGUGACCUACUUUCACAUUUCUCGAGCUACAGCCUUUAAAUUUGGACAACUUGCAUAGUUUUGUGUACCGAAAUAAACUAGAUUGACCUAGUGAUCUACUUUCACAUUUCUGUAGUUACAGGCUUCAAAUUUAGACCACAUGCAUAAGAUUGUGUACCGAAACAAACUUUGACCUUGACAUUGACCUAGUGACCUAGUUUCACAUUUUUGAAGGUACAGGCUUUAAAUCUGGACCACAUGCAUAGAUUUGUGUUCUGAAGUGUAAUCUGACCUUGAUUUUGGCCUAGUGACCAACUUUCGCAUUUCUCAAGCUACAGCCGAGCCCGCCCGCUUAGCUCAGUAGGUCGAGCGUCGGUCUACGGAUCGCGGGGUCGUGAGUUCGAUCCUCGGGCGGGGCGUAUGUUCUCCGUGACUAUUUGAUAAACGACAUUGUGUCUGAAAUCAUUAGUCCUCCACCUCUGAUUCAUAUGGGGAAGUUGGCAGUUACUUGCGGAGAACAGGUUUGUACUGGUACAGAAUCCAGGAACACUGGUUAGGUUAACUGCCCGCCGUUAUAUGACUGAAAUACUGUUGAAAAACGGCGUUAAACCCAAAACAAACAAACAAACAAGCUACAGCUUUCAAAUUUGGACCACUUGCAUAGUUUUGUGUACCGAAAUAAUCUUUGGCCUUAAGAUUGACCUAGCGACCUACUUUGAAAUUCAAAUUUCUCAAACUAUAAAGCCUUCAGACUUGAUGCACAUGCAUAGUUUUAUGCACAAAGAACUUUGUCCUUGAAAUUGAUCUAGUAACAUACUUUCACAUUUCUCAAGCUACAGCUUUCGAAUUUGGAGCACAUGCACAGUGUUGUGUACGGAAAUAAAAUUUGACCUUGAACUAGUCAUUAAGUCUUGAAAUUUUGAACACUCAAAAAUGGCACAUUGGUGGGCGCCAAGAUCACUCUGUGAUCUCUUGUUGGUCCAGUCCUUAUGAAAAUUGGCCAGAAUAUUUGUUUCCAUGAAAUAAAUAGGGCAAACAUGUUUACACUGUUAUGAAAUGUUUCUCAGGUGAGGGACCAAGGAUCAUCUUGGCCCUCUUGUUAAUUUUAUAGAAAAGCAGUUGUCAAUUUAGAUAUUAUGCAUAAUUAAAUGGUUAGAAUGGCUCCUCUUUCAAUAUUGAAAAUGCUGAAUUGUUCGACAUCAUUACCCUUAUCAUAUGACACAAGGUGCAUAACUCUGGGACCAAUUUUUCAUGAAUUAUUUCCCCUUUUUAUUUAGAAUUUUAGGUUAAAGUUUUGAUGCACUUUCACUCUGUCUCUGUUAUUACUGAAUGGAUUUGAUUCAAACUUAAAAUAGUUGUUCAACAUCAUCACCCACACCAUAUGACGCAAGGUGCAUAACUCUGGCACCAAUUUUUCAUGAAUUAUUCCCCUUUUUACUUAGAAUUUUAGUUUAAAGUUUUAAUGCACUUUCACUUUGUCUCUGUUAUUACUGAAUGGAUUUGAUUCAAACUUAAAAUAGUUGUUCAGCAUCAUCACCCACUCUAACACUAUAUGACACAAGCUGCAUAACUCUGGUACCAAUAUUUAAUGAAUUAUGCCCCUUUUUGCUUAGGAUAUACUUAUAUAGUGUUUUGAUACAUUUUAUCUUUACCUCUCUUAUUACUUUAAGUUGGUAUUUUUUACAUAGACUCAGGCUAUUGUGCAAUAUCUUCAUCCACAAUUGGAGUCAUUAAACACUCCAGUGACAGCUCUAGUUUCCUCAGAUGCGCCCAGUUUCACUAUCCAGCAUCGAAAUAGUCGAGCGCACUGUCUCCUGUGACAGCUCUUGUUUGUUUGGUCCGUAGGUUAAAGGUAUCGGUCAUGGUGGCCGGAACCAGCUACCUAGUCACUGCCUCCUGAUAAUUUGUUAAAUAUUGUAUUCCAUAUAGUGACCUAAAUGUUUUGUACAUGUAUGCACGAUGUCUGCAUUAUAUUGUUUUAUCUGUUCAGGGAUUUAAAGGACAUUUAAAAAAACAAACGCCGAUUUAAAUUAUUUCUUAAUGGCAAAAAAUUCAAGCAUUUUAGAAAUUUACUAAAUAAAUUUUCAUUAAGGGUAAAACGCUACCUUAAUGAUAUGACUUGUCCUGCUCAUUUAGCAGAGCCUUAGCUUAAAAUUUAAGGUCAUACAUGUACUUACAGGUCAAAGGUUUAUAUUAUCUGUUUUGUAUCUGCUUUCUUCUCUUCCUGUGACGUUGUACUAUAUAUAAUAUUUCAGCAGAUUUACUUCCCUUUGAAAUGACUGGACUUAUCACAAGAGAUGUUUGGUCGUAUUAUAAAUAUUAAAACACGAGUUUUUUAUUUUUGUUUUGGAGUUGUGAAUGUUCUUAUUUCAAAGAAAAAUAGUAUUUAGGACUGAUUACAUUAAACCGGAAGUGAGUACUCAGUGUAACAUGUGAAGUAAUCCAAAAUGUAGUUCCUUGCUGUUUAUGGAAUCUGGUACAAUGAGUCAUAUGAGGAUGUGACAGUGAUAUUUUGUCCUAGUUUUAUUGCUUAUUGUAUUGAGAAAAUAUCCAGAACAUUUUCAUUGUGAAUUUUCUUGAAUAAGUUUUAUUCUUUGACAUAAUGUCUACAUACGCGUAAUUGCUAAACCGCAUUUUUCUAAGGCAAUUUUAGAGGGUGAUGUUUCGCAGAAAAUAUUUUUUCUUGUAUAUAACAUAACAUGUUGAUAUUAUUCUAUUUUUGAUAAGAAAGCAUAUCGUACUUCAUGAGUAUAUAUGGUUUUCAUAUCAUUGAAAUGCUCUACAGAGUUGAAAAUGAGGUCUGAAUAUCUGAAUAUUUCAUUGUUUAUAUGAUUCAGAAGUAAAGUAUUAACUGAAUUGGUAGAAUGUAACCCAAAAGUUGAGAAGGGGUAAAAUGUGAAACUUGUUUAGGUAUGGCUGUUAAUAGGCUAGUUUGGCCAUAUUAUGAUAAAAAUGAAAUAUUCAGUGCAGUUUUGCAGAGAAAGUAUACAAAAACUAAAAAUAUUUCAAUUUCACUGUUUAGGUUGUAUUUUGAUCUAAAAAUGCAUUGGAUGAUCCUUUCCGCAGCCUUAACGUACUAAAACGUAUUAGCGUCUGAUGGUCCUUUCACGCUUCCGUAGAAACAUUAUUUAUUACACGAAACUUAUUUUGAAAAUAUUUCUGAAAUAUCUUGGUCUGCAGCUUUCAAAUACGGUUAUAUCUUACAUCUGAGGCAUAUACUGACACUCUCUGACAACAUCAAAAAUGACAUUUUGAGCGAUUUGAUGAAGUUCCAAAAUUAUCAAUGUACCCUCGGUUCGUUACGUACCCCUGUAAGAUUUGUGUUUAUCCAGAGCGCAAAUACUUUUUCAUAGAUUAAAAGCUGACAUGCUGUACUAAAACCUCGUAAUAAAGUGCUGAAAAAUGGAUGCCCAAUAGCAAAAAAAGAAGAAAAGAAGUCCACGCGCAUACAUUUAGACUGGGUGACCCCUGCGCGCGACCCCUGACUAUCUACGAAUCAAAAUACGGCUUUCGUUUUCAAGUUUAGCAUUUCUAUUCUCAUUUUAUUUACUUCCGGAAGUAGCUGAAGGUCGACUGACGUCAUUUUCUGUGUUGUCACAAACAUACAUAUACCUGGCGAGGUUGCAUAAGUAUGUGCUGGCCGUUCUAAGGUUAUUAGAGAAAUAAUUUUUUAUCUAAAAAUCAGUGCUUUUUCGACAUUUUUAACACGUCUGUACGAAAACUGACGUUUAAGACUAAAAUGGCUAAACUAAAAUGCACUUUAGGAAAUCUGUGUCAGUAAGUUUCUGACUAAAUAAUGCUAAAUUUUAGGUGUCAGGGCUAAGUUCAGGUAUAUUUCACAGUAAAAGUGUGUGAUCUGAGUGAAGUUUACUGUAAACAAAUGAUAGAAUAUUGCAAGAACAAGCCACAGCAAGGAAAGGUGGUCAUAAAUUAUUUUGCAACAGGUUCUUCUAAGGAAAUUUGGCAGACUUGCACACGUUACUGAAAAAGGCGUUACGUAAAAACCUUGAACGUUUUCAAACUGAAACUGGUAUUUUUUCAUGCAUUUAGGUUACUGGUACAAUGUUAGUGAAAGUAACACUUUUUGCGUAUAGAAAGUUUUCCUUUAAGGACUGAUUACACCAAACCGGAAGUGUCUACUCAGUGUUACCUAUCCAAAAUAAAGUUCCUUGCUGUUUAUGAAAUCUGGUGUAAUAAGUCAUAUGAGGAUGUGACAAUUAUAUUUUUGGUUACUUUUAUUGCUUGUUGUAUGGAGCAAUUCCACUGUGAAUUUCCUGGAAUAUGUUUUAUUCUUUGAGAAAAAUGUUUAUACAUGUGCAAUAGCUAAACGGCUAUUUUCAUGGGGCCAUUUUAAAGGGUGAUAUUUCUCAGAACUGAUUAUUUUUCUUUUAUGUAACAUAACAUAUCAAUAUUUUCUAUUUUUGAUAAGAAGACAUGUCAUACUAAAUGACAAUAUAUGGUUUUUAUAUCACUGAAAUGCUCUAAAGAGCUGAAAAUGAGGUCUGAAUAUUUUAUGGUUUAUAUGAAAAUAAAGAAUGAAAUGAA